AACAUCCUGACGCCUCGUGCAUUUCUGUGACGUCACCGAGGAGGAGGUGGGGAGAGAAGUGGCGAGGCGGAGGCGUGGGUGAGCGGCGACUGCGACUGCGAGCGGCACAUUGAGACUUGAGAGUCUGAUUGAGUGAAUGAGUGAGUGAGGGCCACACAAGCUCUAAGACGACAGUGCCGAGUAGAGUGGAGCUCUCCUUGGAAGAACUCCGGUGCAUUCUGCUCCUGGGAAGAGGAGUGUGCUUUUGUGUUCUGCUUCUUGUGUUCAUGGAUUGAUCGUCUAUUUUUUCUUCGCUCGAGGUCGAUGUCGUUCUGGGAGGACUUCAUAAGAGGAUCAUCUCACUGGGAAAACAUACAACGAUGCUCACCAUAAUACAGAGUUCUGCAAUUCUGCUGCUUCUCACAAUAAUUUGCAAUGGUUAUCAGCUGCCUGUUGUCUUGCAAAGGGAAGAAGAGCUUUCAUCAGAUGAAAAUGACCACAUACUCAAAAAGAGAAACAUCGAGUCCACAACAGAACCAGGACCAGAGAGUGACCAGUUGCAGGGCAUUUUGGAAAACCUUAAAAACGCACCACAGGAGGAAAAGUCUUCCACUGAUUUGCCUUUAGACUCGGAUGAAGCCACCGUUGCUCCUUUUCAGAAUGGUAUGGAUGAAACGACAGAAAUCUCAGACGAAAUAAAGAGCAGGAUUGAUAAAGGGCCUGUGCAAAUUAUAGAGGAAAGACUCAGUAAAGCAGAAAAAUCUGAAGGCUUCACCGAUGGACCAAAUUUUAAUCCAGACCGAACAGGCAUUCUGUUCGGUCUACUUCCUUUUUUUGGCGGUAAUAGACCGACUGCAGGUCGGUCACAUAGGCCGUCUUAUUCCUUUCCUCCUCGUCCUCCUUCAUCCAAUUACCAUCCUACUCAUCCGUACAAACAGUCACACCACCCGACACCGCAACAUAUCCCAAAAUACCCUUACAAGCCUUAUGAGCAUGACUAUGAUAGUCCUACGCCUGAUCCCUUGCCUCCUUUCCCACCGGAUGGCCCCAUUUUCAGUGAAUACUCGGAGGAGCUUCCAGGAAACUCACCACCUCAUUUUCCGGAAUACGACUCGGAGGACUUUCAAUUCGAAAUUCCAGAAAAACCCCAAUACAUCUCUGACCUAAAAGGUUUUGACGACGGCUUUGAUUUUGACUUUGACCCCCCGGAUUUCUUUGAACAUUCUGGCAUCCCAUAUCCACCCAACGAGGAUUACCAACUGCAGCAUGACGAACCUUAUUUUGGUGGCGGUGGUGGGCACGUUUACCCAAUGAAACCUUACUCAGAUGAUGACGAAUUUGAGUUUUUCCCCCCCGAAAGCUAUAACGGUUUCAUACCCACGGUCUAUAAAGGCCCUCCAAAACCUGUUAAGCAUAUCCCACCAGGACCUAAGCCAGGGCCACCAUUACCUCGUCCACACAAAUUCAUGCACCCACCAGACCUAAACAUAAUUGUAGAGGAGAAUAUUUACAGGGAUGAUGUCCCCUACAAAGAAGUUCAUAACGAACGGGACAAAAUUACUGAUGAACUGGAUGAAGCCGGAAUAAAUGGUUUAGAUCCGGAGACAGUGAAAUUCAUUCAUACUCAUACCAGACCCUACGUGGAAUCGAACCAUGAAAGUGACGACCACUGGAAAAGAUCAGGAGAGUAAGGCUUCGUUCAUCUCACUUUUGUGAAAGGCUAUUCUCAUCACUUCAAGUUUUGCAAAAGACUGCCAUGUGGCUUCCACAUAGAUGCUAUGAUAUUGCAAUGCUUUCGAUUAUAAUCACUUUACACAAACUUAUAUAAACAUAUAUUUACGUGUAUAUAUAUGUUUGUUUGUGUGUGUGUUUGUGCGUGUGUGUGUGUGUGUGUGUGUGUGUGUGUGUGCAAAACAUUAAGAACAAAGAUGAUCCUUGCUAAAUAUAUUUCAGCGGAUUACAAUAUUUGAUCAGAAAGCAGUGGAUAUUAAUACUUUUCAAAUCUGUAAAUGUAAUAGGACCCAUCUAAGCCACACAAAACCAAGGAUUAUAUAUAUAUAUAUAUAUAUAUAUAUAUAUAUAUAUAUAUAUAUAUAUAUAUCUGUGUGUGUGUGUGUGUGUGUGUGUGUAAAACAUUGGAAGAAAAGAUGAUCUAUGCUAAAUAUAUUUCAGCGGAUUUACAAUAUUUGGUCAGAAAGCGGAGUGUGCGUAUGUGUAAUUUUUUGUUAUACUGUAUAUUUAUCAUUACCUUGAACAGCAGCAUAGUGUAAGAUUUUACCUAUAUACUGCAAUGAAUAUUCAUUUUACCUAGAAAUGAUGUGGAAAAUGAGUGAUAUUGAUUUAUCAGCCAUUCCCAAAAUAUCAGUUAUCUUUAUCAUUACUAUUCGUCUGGCAUAAAGUUACUAAAUCAUCGAAAACAUGCCUCCAAUGCCCCCAAAAGUACAUACUGAUGAGGCGACUGUGAACCUCGUCCACACGACCAGACUUUGUCCGCAGAGGAAUUUUGUCCGUUGACGGACACGCCGCUUAUGUCCGCCGUACACAAGCCGAAGAACCCUUUGAGCAGACAACAGACUUGGUCUAGAGGCUCUAGGUCUAGGGUGAGUAGAGUACACGACUGCCAGGUGUAAAAAUAGACGAAGAUUUUGCAAAGCGAUAAUGCUUCAGUUUUAUUGUAAGAAACAAGUAUUGUAUAAGAAUUUGUUUUUUUAUUGCAAAAGUACUAAUUAAAUGAAAUAGCUGCAUGUGCGAAAAUAUUGACUGGAAUAUGAGGAGAUCGUGAACUUGUUGGCUAUAAUGUAUUUAUAAUAAAUUUUAACUUGAUAUCCAAGGGAUGGAUUAAAGUUUCCUAUUUCAAAUGUUUCAUCAGUAUGUAUGCUACACAUUGAACUUUUUAAAAAAUUUUUUAUCCAUUUUUCUUUCUGUUAAUUUCCUGAUACCGUAUUACUUCUCUUAUUCGUUUUCUUCACUGGAAUUUUGUCAAGUUCAGUAUAGGUCUUUAGGUAGGUCCAUUCCUUCAUCAUUUUGGAAGCGUUUGCUGGUGCCUCUGCAGUUCCUAUAAAAUCGUCGCAAAGCUUGCUGGAGCUUUCCUUUUCAUGAGCCAACUUUUACACCAUUUCCCUUUACCCAAUGCUCUUCUCUUCAUAUGCCUAUCAUUGAGGCUGAGUCCCGGAAGUCGCCUUCUGUCCUGAGCAAUAACGCAUUGCACUGUGCUCAUCUUCACCCAGCCAGACUUUGACUGGCCAGACACGGCCGUGUGGACAGCAGACUUUUAUUUGUCUUACAGAUUUUUUCUGCCAACGUACCAAGUCUCCCAGACAAAGCAAUGCAUAUCUUAACAUUAUAACUGGGAGACCAAAGAGUCGUCCAGUGAGGAAAAAUUGUCGCCUAUUAAGAAGAAUGUCUGAUUACUGGGCUACCAGACAAAUCCCCAAAAUUAACAGGAAAUGGAAAAGUUAUCCUCACAGUUAUGGCUUCCGGGGCUCUGCCCCGUACGACACUCAACCCAGACCCCCUAGCACUAGCUACUAUGUGCCUCGCUCCUACGCGCGGCGCUCGGCAGUAGUACACAACACAUUAUCCCCAUGAUAUCCAUAUCCUAAUAUCCAUCUGGUCGCCCAGUGAAAUUUCAUAAAAAUAUGCACUGAGACAAAGUCUGGUUGUGUGGACGGAUGCUUGGUAUCCGCUCACAGACACGAACAAAAGCAAACUGUGACACAUUCAUAAUUGUGCUCAUUAUUAUGAAGCCUCUCUUUUCACUGGUGAAAAGAUAACUCUAGACGAAUGAAUAAAUAGCGUAUAAAGUAUGCAUACCCUAUACAUAAAAUAUAUGUUUUCCUUAUAUUGUCCUCAUAGUUCUCUUGUAAAUAAGCACAGUCUCCAUUUAGACAUUCAAGUGUCAGGUUGUUCUCCAAAGAACAUCAGAAAUCUAAUCAAUCACUCGAAAGAUGAAGCAUCAUCCUUGAAGACAGAGACCCAUGACUUCGACGGCAGUGAUGUUGUUGGUCACAUUCUACAGAGGGAAAGCUUAUAAGAUUUCAGAGAGGUCAGAAACCCACUCGUAAGAAUCGUACAAAACAUCAAUUUGUGAUGGCACAGUAAGCCAGAGCAGCCCAUAACCGCCCACAACAUCCAACUAGGCAAUUGGAAAGUGACAGCUUGCAUAACUAACUGAUUAUUUUUCGUUAUUUAAAAGGUUCUUUUUAUCUAUUAUUAUUAUUAUUAUUAUUAUUAUUAUUAUUAUUAUUAUUAUUAUUAUUAUUAUUAUUAUUAUUAUUA